AAAGCUAGAGUUUGAACCCCGGUCUCUAUCCAAUAUUCCACGCACCGAAACGAUUUUUUUUUUUCUCAAGACGCGUGAUUAAACUACGUGCACGUGUCGAUUUUGACGUAAAUAAAGGAUGGAUGAGCAAAAUUAAUGAAUGAACACAUGCAUAAAUAAUCGCUAGAGAAUGCAAAAGAAGCAACUCAACCUUCUUCGACCCAAAUUCCGAGCCGAUUUCGUUGUCUUCCACAGCGGGGCAGCGUAACAGCGAACUACAGACAGCAUCACCCAUCCAUGGGCAUUUGAGAAGAACUUAACUUGCUGUCGGAUGUCACAUACCAACAAUCUGAUGUAGACAGAAAGCUAUAAAAGUGCGGACACAUGUCCGCGCUCAGACCAUGAAGGCGUGCGCUCCAUCGAGGACCAUGAUAUGUAAACAGACCUUUAUUUUACGCACGUUUACGCAAACGCAAUAACAGCCACACAUGUUUUUUUUUUUUCCACUGGAAUCAAAUCCUAUGAUUUAUGGCGAGGAUUAUUGAAGUGAAGAUAAAAUGAAAAUAAAUGGCAGCCGCUUGAUGAACAGUUCUUCACUGAGUCCUCACGAGAUCACUCUGAAUCGCCCACCCUGGGUCGCCACAACUUUGGGCAGCUUUCUGAUCUUCACUAUCGUGGUUGAUAUUUUGGGGAAUCUCUUGGUGAUCUUCUCCGUGUACAGAAACAAGAAACUUCGUAACGCAGGGAACAUAUUUGUGGUGAGCCUGGCGGUAGCUGACCUGGUGGUAGCCGUCUAUCCUUAUCCUCUCGUGCUGGUCUCCAUUGUCCAUAAUGGAUGGAAUCUGGGAUUCGUCCACUGCCAGAUCAGUGGAUUCCUGAUGGGACUGAGCGUGAUUGGAUCUAUAUUUAACAUCACUGGCAUUGCCAUCAAUCGCUACUGCUAUAUCUGUCACAGCCUCAAGUAUGACAAGCUAUAUAGCGACAAGAACUCGCUUUGCUACGUCGUUCUCAUCUGGAUACUGACCGUGGUCGCUAUAGUGCCGAACUUUUACGUCGGCUCCUUACAAUACGACCCCAGGGUCUACUCGUGUACGUUUGCGCAGUCGGCCAGUUCGGCGUACACCAUCGCCGUCGUGUUCUUCCACUUCAUUCUUCCAAUCAUGAUUGUGACGUACUGCUACCUGCGGAUCUGGAUCUUGGUGAUCCAGGUGAGGAGACGCGUCAAACCCGAGUUCCGGCCUAAACUCACGCCGCACGACGUGAGGAACUUCGUCACCAUGUUUGUGGUGUUUGUUCUUUUUGCAGUCUGCUGGGCCCCUCUCAAUUUCAUCGGCCUGGCGGUUGCUAUAAACCCGGAGCGGGUCGCCCCUCUCAUCCCGGAGUGGUUUUUUGUAUCCAGUUAUUUUAUGGCCUAUUUCAACAGUUGCCUUAAUGCAAUAGUCUACGGACUGCUGAAUCAGAACUUCAGACGAGAGUACAAAAAAAUUAUUGUCUCGCUGUGUACUGCAAGGAUGUUCUUCCCAGAGAGCUCAAAUGAUGCUGCGGAUCGGAUCAAAAGCAAGCCAUCUCCUUUAAUGACGAACAACAACCAAGUCAAAGUAGAUUCGGUAUGAAAACACCUAAAAGGACACUGUGAAAAAAACCAAAUACGCAUUUCAGCUGCUUUCAGAACCGACUAUUUAUAAUCGAUAUUUAUAACCUGAUGUCUUUCUUGUACCUGUUGCUUUUACAAGAAGGUGCGAUGCAGAUAUCUUGCUUGAUCUCAGUGUUUACAAGUUUUGGGAUUUUAUAUACAGUACGUCCAUCAUUUUUUUUUUCAGGACAUCAUAAAAUUAAUGCUACAAACCAAUGCACACAUUGUUGUACAUGAAGAAUAAGGUGCCAGUUGAGCAUAACAGUAGACUUAAUCCUGGUAAGUGCUCAAUAAUAUCAUUUUUGAUGGUUAUAAUGUUUGUUUUUUAGGUUUAGUUAUUUUCUGAUGUUUUUAGAGGCUGUCUGCAUGACAUAUUAUGCAUUUGAAAAAUAAUAUUGUACUCAAGUAUAUUAUUUCUAGGCAACCUGGUAAGACAGCCAGUGCAGGCAAACAACAUCAUUUCUCCCAUAUUUGAAAGCAAAUGUAUUUAAGUCCUAUGACAGAUUUAAAGAGCCCCUAAUAUGCUAUUUUUAAGGCCCCUAAUGUUUUUGGGGGGAAUGUCCUACAAUAGACAUUCAUGCAAGGUGAAAAAACACUUUUGUUUUCUUUUAAUAUCACUUCAUUUUCCAGCGAUUCUCAAACGUUUCGUUCGAAGCAGUUCUAAGAUUCAGUCUCUCUAAAACCCUCCUUUCCGUGAGCCUACACUGCUCUGAUUGGUCAGAUGGCUCAGUCUGUCAUGAUUCAAAUGUGUGGAAAUGGGAUAUAGAUUACUAAUGACUUGUUUAAGCUGUAUAGAGUUGAUUCUUGAUUUUGACAAUUUUGCACUUUCGGAUUUUCAGCUUUGCAGAUUGUUUACAUUCACAUACAACUAUAUUACAAACCGCAUUAAAGGCAAUAUGGGCAAUAUCAUAAUAGGGGCACUUUAAGACUGGGUUCGUGAAAAUGUAAGCAAGCUCUUAAAGGAAUAGUUCACCCAAAGAUCAUGUCAUUUUGUAAGAUUAUCUGUCCAUAUAAUGAAAAUCACUUUAAAAAUGGAAUUUGGAGUAAAAUGAGUGAACGAUAACAAACUUUACAUUUUUGGGUUAGCUUUCCCUUUAAAUGGUCACUGUAGCAUCUGUGUAACUGCAUAUCUUGAGGAAUGUGAACAAAAUGGCAAAUUCUAAAAAUAAGAUUUUAGACAUUUAUGUUCUUCUUAACCAUCUGUUAUAACACUUAUGAUUUAUUUAUAUUGGCCAGACUGCAUUGCUAUACUACUGUAAUGGAGUGUACUUAAUGAUGUGCGAUUAGUGCUGCUGAGCGAUUAACAGCAAAGAUUUUGUUUACAUAAUAUAUGUGUGUGUACUGUGUAAAUGUAUUAUGUAUAUAUAAAUACACACAUUCGUACAUAUUUAAGAAAAAUAAUUCAC